AUGGACAAGCUUCGUUACUUCAGCGCACAUUUUGCCGUUGGACUGACGAACAUAACCACGUGGAAAAAUAUUGAGUGUUUGAGACACGUAAGCCACGAAUAUUGGAUGAAGUGCAGAUCAACUCUAACGAGUAGUUGCAAUCUUCGUGAAUUAGGCAUACGUUUUUAUGAUCCGAUAGAGCAUCAAGGGUUGAUCAAAGUGAGAGCGUCGUUGGAGAAGUUGCAGAAUCUUAUCAUACUUCACUUAACAAUGUCUUUGUAUUGUGUUACUGACCUAGCAAUAGCUGUGCCGCAGCUCACUAAUCUCACCAAACUUAAACUGAAAGGUAAGAUGCCCAAAUGUCCAACUGCGAGUAUGUUCCCUCCAAAUCUUUCUCACCUCACGUUGAUUGGUUCCGAGCUACAUGAUGAUCCGAUGGCAGAGCUGGGUAAGCUUCCAAAGCUGUUAUUCCUCAAGAUUCAAAAUAACGGUUACUGCAGUGAAACGAUGGUAGUUUUGUGCCACGGGUUCCCCUGUCUCGAAUCCUUGUCGUUUGGAAAUUUGCAUGGACUCAAGGGUGUCUUCAUUGAAGAAGGUGGAAUGCCGAAGCUCAAACAUCUCCGAAUCCAUGAUUGCUUCAAUCUGAAGACUUGGAAUCUGCCGCAACACAUCAACAUAUAUGUUAUUGAAUAA